CGUAAACAUAGCCACGCAGCGCGUAGAAUUCGUGCAGGCUGAUAAAGAUUCGAGCAGGCUGAUCGACUGAAUUUUAAAAGAACGCCGUGGCGAUAACGAUCGUUUUGCGCAGAUUCAACCACUGCGGCAGUUAAAUCGACAAUCGAUGACGAGCGAGCGGGCAGCAUCGAAACGAAGAAAACGUUAAGUUCCCGAAUGAAAACACGACGACACCGGGAGCACCGGGAGAUGUCACGCAGCCCGAUGACAAGAUAAACGCGUGCCGCGGGAGGCGUUAAUUCCGCACGAUCGGCCGUUACAUCGACGUGUGACCAUUGACAUAACCUCAAAAAGGGGGCAGGCAGCGUGCGAUCGCGGGGGAUUAUUAGCGGAGAACCAGGGGAAGUCCGAGAGCUCGUCGAGAGAAGGUUCUCGUCGCGGACGACGCAAUGCCACGGAAAAUGUCAACGAAACUUGCGCAGGAGCUGGCAGCAAAGUCAAGAGCCCUCGCAGUUGACACAUGUCAAGCGUGCAGUGCGACUCGGAAAAACGUCGGGACGGCCGACAGCGCACAGCUACGAGUACAGGCGUAAAAAUCAAGGGACUCACCGCUGUGUCCGGUGUUACUCGACGACUGGCCCAUUAUUUCUCACGCCGUCGGCGAUGCCAGGCACGGGACAAACCACUCGGUGAUCGCGGCGGGCUCACGUGAAAAACCGGGCGCAUGAGUGCGCGAAAAACCGACACAUUUUUCGAAAAAUACUAUCACAUCGUGUACCCGCAGUGUCGCUACGACAGAGACGGACGGCCGUUCCGGAGCGACGAGGUGAUUGGCCCGCGACCGGCUGCGCAUGCGCGACCCGCGCAAUUUCGAAUCUCCUUCUCCGCUAUCUGUCCGCGUUCCUCCGUAGCCACGAGCCUGCCCUCCGAUGAUUUCCCAACGACACCGUCCGGCGAAUAGCAUUCUUGCUGAUCGGAACAUCCCGUUGAAUCAACCAGCUUUAUGAAGUUCCCCGCCGCGUAGUAACGCUAGGUCAGUUCAGUCGACUCAAAGCUGCUCGACGAAAGAAAAACCAACGAGCACGCUGCUCAAAAAGCGUUGCCACACGCGUCUUCCCGACGAGAGAGACCGUCGUCGUGGAAGAUCAUCGAUCGCGAUACAAAUCCCCGGGAGGAAGGUUGGAAAUCAUCGCCCUGGUAACCAACGACAAAACACAGGUUCGGUCGUUGGUAAUAAACGCGAUACGUGGGAUUCGUGGAACACCGCCCGGGCGAAUAUCUUUCCUCUAUAUGGAUUUUUCGGUCCGAUUCGAUUCACGUCUAGGAAGACGAUGAUCUCUCGCGGUCGACAUCGGUUUUUUCCUUCUGUCUGACAUGACAGUUCUGGAGGAACUCGAGUCGAGGCCUCGGGCAUUCAGCAGCUGACGGCAACCACAGGCGAUCGUACAUCCGGGGAAAAAGCGCUCAACGCUUCGGCAAAGAUGGAUACCGGCGGCCUCUCCUGGAUCGUCGCUUUCGCACUGAUCGCGCUCUUCGUAUCGGAAGGUUGGGCCAUCGAUUGUUUCAAAUGCGUGUCGAUCGACGGCGACAAUAAACCAUGCGACGAUCCGUUUCACAAUAACGGAAGUCUGGCGUUCUUGGAGUCGCCUUGCCUAGGAGGUCGCAAAGGGCGCGAUGGUCUUUUCCCCGCGACUGCGUGCAUCAAAAUAGCGGGCAUAUAUGACGAGUCUGGGAUCUCUUUGACGGUGAGGAGCUGCGCGCUGGACAGCGGAACCCUGACGACCGACUCCGAAAUUAUAAGAAUGUCACACUGCGGAGGAUUCUACUUCGACGACAAGUACGUUCGGGGGUGCGUGCAAUCUUGCAACGACGCGGACGCCUGUAAUGGAUCCACGCAGCGAGCAGUACCGCUCGUGCUUUUAACUUUAUCGAUUUUCCUCGGACUAAUUUGACGAGAAUGGCCAGCGUAAAACUCGCGUUUAAAUGAAAAUCAUAGGCAAUUAUUGUAUAUAUCGAACGGAAACGAUCAUAUCUAUAUUACAACGGACCACUUAAAAUUUAAAUCAGUAACUUGACCAAUUUAGCCGUGGACCAAAAGACGUAAGCGAACGAGAAAUAAAUAACUCGUGGGCGACGUAACGAAAGCAUUUUGGCAGUCGUUACGUCGAAUUGUUGCAUUUCAUCCAGUGUCGAUCGAAAGAAAUUAAUUAUAAUCAAAACGAAUUUAAAGGUCCAACUAAGUAUUUACGCUAUUAUAUUACGAAGAUAAAGUAUACCGAAUCACCAUUUGAUACUAUUUGAUAGCUUGUAGAAUAGACAGAGUAACAACUGCCAUUUACAUAAACAUAACCAUUAUUGUUUUAUUGACAUUCAUGCAUAGAGUACGUAAUUUAUGAUCUAGUCAUUGCUUGAGAUUUAUAGUCGAACGUAUGUAAGUACUUAUUCAAGAGAUCAUUGCAGACUGUGUAGAAAGCCCAAUAAAAGAGAUUUUAAGUUAUAAA